CCAAGCGGUCCAAACAACAGUAAACACAGCGCUUAUAUCGCCAGUUCCCGCCAAAAAAAAUCAUGACCGACUCAUCAUUUGGGUUGUACUCCUCCAAGCGCAAAUUCUACAGGCUGUUGGAUAACCUAUCCACCUCAAAAGUCCAGCUCUCUAGCGACAAAAGUGCUUAUGCAACAACGGUAGAGCCACCUACCAAGCGUUUCAGACGCUUGACCAAGGACAGCAGACCUACCACUGCCCCCUCGACGCCAGAGCGCCCAAGAACUGCUGGAGCAAGAGACAGGCCAAAGUCUGGCCUGUUCUCUGGGGCAAAUUCCAGACCGAAGAGUGUGAUUUCUGAAAUUGACGUCACCACGGAUACACAAAAGAAGACUCCAAAUUACGCGCCGUGGAGCCACGAUCAGUUUCUUGAACGACUGAAGACUUUCUCCGACGUUAGAAAUUGGACACCAAAGCCGGUCGACAUCAGUGAGGUCGAGUGGGCGAAGAGAGGGUGGACUCUGGUUGCCAAGGACACGGUGGGAUGCAAGGGAGGGUGUGAGAAGAGGCUUGUUGUUAAAAUUGCAGAAGAUGAGAAUAGGCAACCAAGGAACAGCGACAACGAUGCUGACAAAGAAGAUGACUGGUGGAUGGGUGAUUUAGAGAAGGAAAUGGUGAACAAAUAUCAUGUCUUGAUUGUGGACGGGCAUGCGGAGGACUGCCUCUGGAGACGUGCUGGCUGCAAAGAUGAUAUAUACCGCAUAAAGAUGGCAGAUCCGGCAACAUGGCAGACAGAGCUAAGGGAGCGGUAUCUGUCACUUCUGGACAUUGAGGACUCGCUUCCAAUGAGGCUGGACCUCAAGCCGCAAGAUGCCAAAGAGGACCAGAACAUGUUCGACGUAGUCGAGAUAGCGCGUUUGGUACCCCAGGAUGUCUUACGGCGACGACGCUCUUCAGCCAACGACGAAAGCUUGUCAGAAAUGAACAAUGGCACAACCAGGGAAUCGUCCGUGACUAAUACAAACACGACCGCUUUGGCCAUGGCUCUUGUAGGAUGGAGUGGGCAAUCACAAAACAAUGUCAAACUUGCCUAUUGUAAGAAAUGCUUCCAACGCGCCGGACUUUGGCUCUACACACCGAAACCGCCUGCAAACAGCUCAUCAACAUCUUUUGUUGACUCGGAGGACCUGGUCUUCAAUCCAAUUGAGCAGCACCGAGAGCACUGCCCCUGGAAGAACCCAGCCACCCAGUAUUCACUUGGCAGACUCGAAGGUCUAUCAGGCUGGCAGGUGCUUGUGACCUUGAUCAAGGGAUACAAAAGGCAUGACCGAUCACCAUCCAAGGCAGCUAGUAGUCGACCUGUAAGCUCAUAUACAGAAGAUGGUGCCGAAGAAGAGGCGAAGUCCAAAGAGGAACAGGAGAAAGAAGACAGAGAGAGGAGGAGUAGGUUGCAGAGGCUUAAACGAGCAUUUACGGUAAAAAAGGGGAAUACAUUGAGCAAAUAAUGAUGAAAUAGAUGACUUGGAAGCAUGCGCAUUUAAUCGUAUCAAUUUUUGUGGAGUACGUUCACAUCGUAGGAUAUCAAGCUUGGAGACAGAGCAGAGACAGCACACAAAUUCCCAAGACUUUCUUGGAUCUUGCGGCAUUAUUUCGAAACAAAUGAGUCAAAUUUACUCUCGGAUAGUACUCGAAUAGUUCGACUAGUG